AAUCUCGGACCCUCUUCGUAAUCCUCACUUUCCCUGUUUUUCAUCCUGCACGCAGGCGUGCUACUGGACUGCUUUACAAUUUUUGUACCUUCUUUUCACGUUCACCGACACGUCAAACGCUCAUCAUUUUCACUUCUACCAUCACGCGCCAUUCAUUGUGUUCUGAUCUUCUAUUGAAAUAACGCCAUCUUAUAUGAUGUCUUCCCAUACCGCUCUCUCUGACGCAGCUCUCUCCGACCUCGCUUGCAGGCUACGGUACGCCAACGCGCGUUACGGCCAGAUCGCUUGUCAACUGCGUUGCCGCAUAACAAUCACGCGCACGCAUCACGCACAGCGACGUGCCUUCUGGUCUGGCUUGCGCAUUGAUAUAGCAAAGGCUAAAGGUUGUCCUUCGACUGCGAUUUCAGUCAGGCCCCUGCCUGUCCUUGAUACGACUCCCAGUCCAUCGCCGCUGAUGCUUUCACCAUUUGCACUUGUUGCCAAUGUCCGCAACGAACUUGGCUUGGAGAUUCCAGACAUCGUCGUGUCUCCCCCUGAUGCCUACGACCAACCCUGCAAGCGUCUCGUCAUUCGGAUUCCACCGCUUGCUGGCCUUCAUGACAAUAUGCACCACCAUGAGCACUGUGACAUAUCUGCUCCGGGCGCGCCACUCCUCCGGACCAAGGAAUUACCGGAGUGUGAGAUGGAUGAAAUGUUCUCUUCACGUUCAUCUUCUUCCGCUUCUUCCACCCCCCUCUUAACACCCAUUGACAUUGUUCACUCUGGUCUUCGUAUCAAAAUUCCAGUCAGGAAGCGUAAACUCGGAGAGACUGACGAUGAAGAUUCCUGUCCAGAUAGUUCAGACAUUCAGUUUCCCAAGAAGCACAUGAGGAAGCGCUGGGCCUGUUCACAGACAACUAACGACCGACUAUAUUGGUCUCCUCCUCGGUCACAAAUUGCCUCGCUUUGAGCUUGCAAGGACGAUAUUCACCUCACGGUUUUAUGCGGUUUCUGCGAAUACAUACAAUACCCAGCUUGUCAGUACAUUUAAUGUUUCUCUUUGUUGCGGACGUUGUCACACGAGACUUCCAUGUAAUUUUCAGUGGCGGCCUUGUGA